CACGUUCCCCCACAUCGCCAUCGUCUGGAUAGCUUGUCAUAGGGUCACUGACAUGUAAGACGACGGAAGAGGACAACCGCUUUGGCGGAUCAACAAACGCUACAUUUUAUAACUCAACGUCGCCAUCAGCAUCCAGCAAGUUCUGAAAAACUCCAGGCGAAGCAGGUGGAGGAGGAGCGGCAGCCGGAGCUCCGGAAGGGAUACCAAUGGCGGAAGCAAGAGUAGCUGGGUCUCUCCCGGUGGCUAACGUGCAGGUGCUCGCGGAGGCUUGGAACGGCGGGGUCGAUGACCAGCAGCAGGUGCCCGAGAGGUACCUCAGCAAGGAUCCCAGCUCCGAGGAGGUCGUCGCCGGCGACGACGGUGCUCGCGCGAUUCCGGUCAUCGACCUCCGCAAGCUGCAGGACCCGCAGUCGUCGUCGGAGGAGUGCGCCAAGCUGGCGUCUGCGUGUCUGAACUGGGGCUUCUUCCAGCUCGUCAACCAUGGACUCCCAGAGGAGGUGACCGGAAGCCUGAUGAAUGACGUGGUCGAGUUCUUCAAGCAGCCGCUCGAAGACAAGAAGGAAUGCGCACAGCAAGCCGACAGCCUCGAAGGCUAUGGCCAGGCCUUCGUCGUGUCUGACGACCAGAAGCUGGACUGGGCAGACAUGCUCUACCUCCAGGUCCAUCCAACUGAGUCCAGGGACCUGCGGUUCUGGCCUACUCGCCCUGCAUCCUUCAGGCAUUCUGUAGACGUGUACUCCUCGGAGGCCAGGCAGCUCUCGUAUCGGUUGCUGGAGUUCAUGGCCAGGGGCGUGGGCGCCGAGCCGGCGUCGCUGCGGGCCACGUUCGAAGGGCAGACCCAGGGCAUGAGGGUGAACUACUACCCGCCGUGCCGGCAGCAAGCUGACCGGGUCCUGGGCCUGGCGGCGCACACCGACGCGGGUGGCCUGACGCUGCUGCAGCAGCAGAACCACGACGUGCAGGGACUGCAGGUCAAGAAGGACGGCAGGUGGUUCGCCGUCAAGGCUCUCGAAGGCGCCUUCAUCGUCAACGUCGGCGACGUCCUUGAGAUCCUGAGCAAUGGGAAAUUCGCAAGUGUUGAGCACAGGGCCGUGACACACCCAACCAAAAAGCGAAUUUCAGUGGCACUGUUCCACUAUCCUUGCCAGGAUAUGGUGGUUGGUCCUCUGCCAGAGUUCAUGGAAGGCGAUGAAGUGCGUUACGGAUCAACCAAUUACCAGGAUUUCUUGAAGCAAUACUUCACAGAAAAACUUGAUGGGAGGAAGCACCUGGAGAGAUUGAAGUUGGAGCAGUAGCUACCACUUCUACCGUACGUUGUGAGGGACGAUAGUUAAAAAAAUAUAUAUCUUGUCCAUGAAUGUGACUAGCAGAGAAUAAUUUGUUCUGUCCUCGACCCUACACCAUGAGUGUUCAUUCUCAAGCUUUAUGUAUGUAUGCAUCUAUGCUGCAUUCCUCCAGGAAAUGAACAUGACUAUUUGGUGAAA